UAGCUAAGCCAUAGGUCAUGGACAUGCUCUGUUGAUCAUUGGUCUGGUUGGUUCAUGCUCCAUGCUCGGGUCAUCAAAAUGCUGCAACAAAACACCACAUACGUAUUACGUACAUGUGGUUAAAACAACAAAACAAAACUUAUUUUGUUUUAUCCGUUACUACUAUAAAGUCCAAGACGAUGAGCUUUAGAAAAUUGCACGGCUUGUUUGCUGCUCAUAAACCAGCUGAUUUGUCAUGCUAUCAUUUGAUUGGAACCCUUAAGACAAAUUUGCUAAAAGAUUUAAAUGCAAGUUCAAAGUUAUAUCUUCCCAAGUUAGUGAAGGUGUCAGCAGCAGGGAAGGAUACGGAUGAUAAACAGUUAUGGAAAGUGGAGGAAAAGGAAGACUUGCGAUAUCAUCCUCUAGUUGCAGGCCCGUAUUUUAACAUGCUAAAUAUUCAAAUUGUGUCUGGUGGUUUGGAUACGAAAUCCUCAGGUGUUUUAGUAUUAAGUGUAGGCAAAGCAUCUAAGUACAUCUCUGCUUACCAGAAGGCUCUGUUACCAAGACAGUACCACAUUGAUAUCCAACUUGGCAUAGCAACUGAUAAUUAUGAGCCAGGUGGUAAAGUUAUUCUGAAGUCCACAUAUCAUCAUAUUUCAAGAGAGAAGUUUGAUAGAGUUGUUGCUGGACUUACAAAGGCAUCCAAACAGUACAAUACAAAUUAUAGUGGUUUAGACAUGCAGUCCCAAGAGGCAUAUGAUCUAGCAGUUGCUGGUAAGCUAGAGACAGUUACACUGUUUAACCAGCCCUCUAUUUUGUCAGCACGGUGUUUGAAUUUCAACCCACCUCAUAUUAAAUUAGAAAUGGAAUGUCUGAAUGAAGAUAGUGAAUUCCUUCGGGAAACUGUAGAUUUCCUUGGUAGAUCACUAAGAUCAUCUGCUGUAGCAUUUCGAAUAAACAGGAUAAAAGAUGGACCAUUCACUAGUAACAAUUCAUUACUACGAAGACAGUGGACUUUGUUCAACGUUGCACAAUCUCUUCAAGAAAGCAAAGAGAUAAUAAAACCAUUCAUUAAAAACAAUAAAACUGUUCUGGAUAACUUACAUGAGGAAGAAAUAGCUACAACAUGACUUGGAAAUUCCCUCCUUGCAACCUGACAACAGACUUUCUGAAUGAUUAAUUAUUUUGAAACCAUGACAGUUUGUUGGUUAAUGUAUUUGUCUGCUGCAUUCAGUACGAAGUUGUACACUUUUAUUUAACGGUAUACAGUUGGGUAUGAAGGCACACUUCUAUUUAAUAGUAUACAGUACGAUAUGAAGUUGUACAGUUCUAUUUAAUGGUAUUCACUAUGGUAUGAAGUUGUACACUUCUAUUUAACGGUAUACAGUACAGUAUGAAGUUGUAUACUUCUAUUUAACGGUAUACAGUACAGUAUGAAGUUGUACACAUCUAUUUAAUGGUAUACAGUACAGUAUGAAGUUGUAUACUUCUAUUUAAUGGUAUACAGUACAGUAUGAAGUUGUACACUUCUAUUUAAUGGCAUACAGUACAGUAUGAAGUUGUACACUUCUAUUUAAUGGUAUACAGUACAGUAUGAAGUUGUACACAUCUAUUUAAUGGUAUACAGUACAGUAUGAAGUUGUACACAUCUAUUUAAUGGUAUACAGUACAGUAUGAAGUUGUACACAUCUAUUUAAUGGUAUACAGUACAGU